AUGGCGACUCUCACCAUGACUCCUCCCACCCGCCAGCCUUUCGCUAGCCUGGACACACCGCGAAUGGGAUCAGUUAUGCGGACAAAGCUAAACCGUCAAAACAUCCAAAAUAGCGUAUCUCUCUCCAAGAAGAACUCCAUCUUCAUUGAAGACUCGGAGAACAUCGACCCCUACACACGCAGUCUCUCCGCAAAGCGCAAGCGCACUCUGGACGACGACGAAAUCUCCAAGGGGUCCCCCAAACCCAAGACAUCCCGCAUCGCCCUCUCCACCCGCGCCACCACCAAUGUCUCACACUUCUCCACCCCCUUGAAGACAAUCCCAUCCACCCCUAAAUCAGCACCAACCCUCAAACCAGCUGGUCGGACUCCACCAUCCAAGUCAUGCAAGGCACUCGGUCGCCGGUCGGCCAUCGCCAAGUCCAGACCCGACUCAGGCAAGCGGGCCGUUGCCCGUCCUUUUUCCCUUGCUACGGCUCUCAGCCAGUCGAAGCCCGCACCUAAACCUAAGGCACCGUCGGGCUGGUUCUUCGAUAUCCAUGUCGACUCUGAGCAGGAGGAGAUGACAAACCUCAUGCAGCACUCGACCGGUGUACUUGAUAUCAGCGAUGACGAGGGUAAGACCGCUGCUGAUGCGCGCGGCAAGGAGAAUGUUCCACCCUCCGAGCUUGGUAUUGAUUUGCCUCGUAAUAGCCAGGCCGUUGCCCUGGCUGCUGCUGCCGAGGCUCGGAAGGCCGAGAAGAUGGAAGAGGACCGUUCCCCGCUUGGUGAGCUUACUGCCUCGGAUUAUUAUCCCGAGGACUGUAAUGCUUUCUCCUAUGCUGUUGUCUAUGACGACGAUAAUGGUCCUCCUGCUAAGUUGACACCUGUCUUGCCGCCUCCUGCUUUCUCGUCUGAGAUUACCACCUCUAUUGCUUCCUUGCUGGAGACGGCUCUUCCGCCAAAGUCUGAGAGUAAGGAAGCUGAGGCUGUGCCUGUGUCUGCUUCCGAGGGUAAGACUGAAUCCUCUUAA